AUGGAUCCCAUUGUGACUGUGGCGAGAAGCAACCAAUCUUCAAUUGGGGAAUUUCUUCUUUUGGGUUUUUCUCACAUUCCUAGGUUGGAACCGCUUCUCUUUGUGUUGUUUCUGGGGAUGUUUCUAAUCACCAUGCUGGGAAACGGCCUCAUUGUAUUCCUGACUGUGGCUGACGCUGCCCUCCACACACCUAUGUAUUUUUUCCUCCGGAACCUGGCUCUGGUGGAGAUCUGCUUCUCCUUGGACAUCGUACCCAAGAUGCUGGAAAGCCUGGUGGCUGGUAGGGGCAUCUCUCUGACAGGCUGUGCCCUCCAACUCUUUCUCAUUCUGUCCUGUGUCACAUCAGAGUGCUUCCUCCUGACUGUGAUGGCUUAUGACCGCUAUGUGGCCAUCUGCCACCCACUGCAUUACGGGGUCCUCAUGAACCCCAGACUCUGCCUUCUUUUGGCAUUGGCGUGCUGGAUGACGGGUAUCCCAGUUUCCUUGCUGUUUACCAUUUGGCUCUUUCGCUUCCCAUUUUGUGGACCCCGAGGGGUUCGCCACUUCCUCUGUGAUGUGGCACCACUCCUAAGGCUAGUGUGUGCUGACACUUCUCUCUUUGAGGCUUAUGUUCUUGUAGCCACUGUGUUUGUCAUGAUGGUACCUUUCUCCCUCAUCAUCGUGUCCUAUGGUCAUGUCCUGGCAGCUGUUAUUCAGAUGCCGUCUGCUACUGGGCGCCAUAAAGCCCUGUCUACUUGUACAGCCCACCUUAUUGUUGUGGCCCUAUUCUAUGGCACUGCUUGUGUAAUCCACCUCCAACCCAAGUCUACUUACUCUCCUGAGAGCAAACAAAUUGUGUCCCUGUCCUACACUCUUGUUACUCCCAUGCUCAACCCCAUCAUCUAUAGCCUGAGGAACAAAGAGGUGAAAGUUGCUCUGUGGAGAUUAUUGGGUAGGAAGAAAAGUGGUUUGAAGACAACCUGA